AUGACGGACCAAUGGAAGAAGGACGUCAUCGGCUUCAUCAUCUGCCUCAUCCAGCGCCGCAUCCCCCUCAAGAACAAGGAAAAGCACGCGGGCAAGAUCGACAAGCGGAUCAUCGCUGUCGAGCACCACCUCUUCCCCAUGCAGGACGCCGCCUCGGUGGAGCGCUGCAUCCUCUCCAUCAACAAAGCCAAGGAGUGGAGCGGAACUGGGACGCGCAACACCCCGGCCGGUCUGUCAAGCCAGCGCGCCCCAUCCCCCUGCGCCAAAUGGUCACUGCCCUCUACCAAAACGUCCUGGGGCCGAACGCCCCCCUCUACGAAGAAGACCUCCCGGCCACUCCGGCCGCUGCGGGCG